AGUUCGACCUGGAUGUGCGGAUGGGUUGAACUUGAAAGAAUAAAAAAACAUUUUCACGACAGAUUCGACUAAACUCCGGUGAAUGCAGGUUGUACCUGAAUAAAUCUAAAACUACAGACGGUCGUUCAAGUUCGGCGGUAAAUUCUUUUUAACUUGGCCAAGCUAUGGUAAUUGAUUAUACCUAACAUAGUUUUAUUAUGACGGAUUCCCAACGGCAACCGACUUUCACAUUAAAAAUAGAAGCAACCGACGGAUCGAAUGUAAAUUUGGGCGAGCUAGACGUUUUGCCGGAAAAAGAAAUCGGAAUGACUGAAGAAAAUGGACAAAACGUAGAGGAAAUGGCCGGUGUAUACGUCGUGGAGGAAGAGUACAAUGAAAGUCAAGUCGCGCAUGACAGACUAGCAAACGAAGCUUCGUCUCAAUCGCGAAAAACAAUAUUCACUUGGAAUGAAGAACAGACGCGCUUGAUGCUUACGCUAUAUCGCGAUAAAGUUAGGCACAUUGGGACAUUGAACAAAUACAAAAGCAAAAAGCAAAUGUUUGAAAGCAUUAGUGAUGACAUAAAGAAUCAACUCGGAGUGUCAUUUACUGCAAUGCAAAUCGAGAAUCGUUUUAAAAACAUCGCGAGAAAACACCGAGAUCUGUUGAAGAACAGGAGAGCCAGCGACAAUCCACUGUAUAACGAGGAGAUGCUACAAAUAGCAGCGGUUGACGUUUCCAUUGAGCCGGAUAUAGUUCUGACUCCUAAGCUGUUGAAAAGGACGAGCAGAGUCGGAAUGACAAGAAGCGUACCUAAGAGACCAAAAUAUUUUGAUGAACCAGGACCAUCAGCAGACAACUCCGAUGAAGCUGUCGCAACUCCAACGAGAGGACGUGACGACGAUGUGACUGCUCAUCUACUUGCAGCGUAUAGGAGAGAAACCGACCGCAAAGUAAGGAGGGACAAGGAAAAAGCGCUUCAGCAUCGAGAAAAAAUGGAGAAGUUAGAUCAGUUAAUCAAUGUUUUAAUAGAAAUUUCCGACAAAAUUGGUUGAUAACAGUCACUAAAUAAGUUUAUUUAAAAAAAAAUCUGACCCGAAAAAUUUUAAAUUGAUAGAAUAACAUCAGUUUUCUGGAAGUCUCCUAAUCAAUAAAC